AUGACUUCUUUGCACCCAAAUUGCAACCAUUUCCCAGGUGUUCAAGAAGCACCUAAGUUUUUACCCGAUGAAGAGCUGACCCAUACCAAAAUCUUGUACCAGACCGUCAACAAACACUUCAGCAAGACCCCCUCGGGAAAGAUCUUCGACGAUGACUUGAAGGAGAUUUUUGCUCUCAUGAUCUUGAAGUUGGAUCUUCAGGAUCACACUUCCUCCUACAAACUCUCCUUGUCGAAGUACUACCCGUACCAGUUCGGAGUGAAGAAGGCGUUGGCCACCUUGGAGAACUUGGACUUUAAUAUCGACAGUCCGGUCAAUUGCAUCUCCUUGAGCUAUAAAAUCGAUCAUGAGCUAGGACUUUUGUGCAUCCACAAGUUUUUCGAUGCUAAACUCUUGCACUCUCCGGGAGACCGGACCAGAUCGAGGUUUAACGCCAAAUCGACAAUGCAGCCGACUCCCAAAGGUGUAGCCAUUGUCAAGAGGUUCAUUGAGAAGUCGGGUAUCAAGUUCAGUAGAAUGCCUCUGCUUUUGGCAUCCACCUUGAACUCGAUGACAUUGUUCUGCUUUGACAGGAGCUUUCUCAAUGACAAGAUCACCUACUCAACGGUGUUGGUGACGGUGUUGUUUGCUCAGCUUCUUGGACCAGUUCCUAGCUUAUGGUCUCCAGAAAACAAACCUGACAUGUUCAAAAUCAACUUUGACUACAAUAUCUUGAAUAUGGACAACUUGGCUCCCGAAAAGUUCAGCUUGAUGCGAGACCAUCUUUUUGCCAGUCCGCUCCACCAUAAGUACUUUGCCAACCCUGAGUCUGAUUCUCACGUCCAGUACUACAUUUCUUCCAACGGGGUGCGGGUGUUCAAGGAUAAGACUUUCACCACUGAGUCCAAAGAAUCCUAUAAUAUCCGUUACUGUGUUUCGGGGAAGGCUAUAUCCCAAUGGUUGAUGGACUGCACUGAUAUCUUACUGGUGAAAAUUUCUCAGGAAAUUGGCAAUUUGUUCAUCAAACUUGGGUACCUUGUUCCCAUUUUUGACUAUCCUUCUGCUGCUACUUCCAAGGUGUUCAGGCCUAGCCAUGACUGGUACUACCGAAUCAGCGAUGUUGGCAAAACCAAACUGUUUUGGUACCGAAAGCAAAAGCCUGUUUCUUUACUCCCACUGGCUGUCAACUCUCGCGAGUGCCAGUCCUCUUUUGACGAUAUUUCAAAGCUCACAGAUGUCUUGAACGAUCUGGGGUUGAAGUAUCUUUUCAGAAUCCACUUGGUCAAUGAGUACUGUGCGGAAAAUAUCAAUGCAUACGACCGGUUGAAGUUGUUUUUAAAAAAAGUCAACUUGUUGUCCAAGCUUUUAAACUACAUUGACCUCAACUUCGACAAGGGUUCCAACAUCUACAAGAGUCAGGUCUUGAAGUUGUCCAAUGACUGCCUCGCAACCAUCUACCACAUCUACUUUACGUAUUUGUCCCCCAAAGCUCCGUUUGUGUUGAAUAUCAACUACAACUUGAGAAAGCGCAUCUCAGACGUGUUGGUAGGCAACGAUAAGGCUUUUGACAACAUCUACAACUUCAACAACAAUGCAGAGUUUAUGUGUUCUUCUUCCCUUGAAUCUCCCAUGACAGUGGUGGCCCACAACCCCGGAAUCAAGGACCAACUGUCUGGUGAGAAACCUCUGCUGUCAAGUUUCUGCUCCUUGCAGCGAAGUCGUUCUACGCAACUUUCAGAACGUGAGGUGCGUAUUCCAUGUCUAGAGCUCAACGAUGAUGAGUCGGUGUUCAGCUUGAGAGACCUUGCACCAGGUAGGUCGAGGAGAACAUAUCUUGGUAAUACUCCUCCAACAUCAGCACGAGACGAAGAGUUUCGAGAAAUCUACAAAUCGCUAUUGUCUUUUGCACCCAUUGGAAACGAACUUGUCAACUCAUUGUACGGCCUCAUGGAGAUCGACUCGUUCCCCAAGUUUUUGAACUCGGAGAUAUUCCAGCAGUUCCGAUCGCUCUUCGAGGUUCUACCAAGUACUAUUUGA